CCUUCUCCUCCCCACCUUUCUCACAACCUCUUCGUCUUCAUCUUCCCAAGUCCAUCCUCCUAUUCUUCUCCACUACUACUUCUUCUUCACCUUUUACUCCUUUCCCUCACAACCUUCUCCUCCUCACCCUCAUCUUCCCAAGCUCAUCCUCCUAUUCUUUUUCUCCACUACCAUUUCUUUACCCUCUCCUCCUCGUCAUCUUCACAACCUCUCCUUGCUCCUCCCCCUUCACCCCCCUCCACAUCACCUGUGAUUGUUUCAUACCCUGCAGCCGAGAUCGUGGACAUUUGUGGACGAGCCAGUUCGGUGCUAGAACGUUACGAAGUGAUUGUUCUCAAUAAAUCUCCCUCCACGGUUCAGCCUGCGCAGCCAGAUACCAAUGUCAGUGCCGCUUCAGACCCCAGCGAUACUUCCAACCUGCCGGAUCUCCUUCUGUCAGAUGAUCCAUCGGCAGAUGAGGAUCUGCUUACAAAGGAACUCUCGCGUUUCGGGCUUCAGGAUGCUGCCCCUCCUCGACAGCAGCAGAAACAGGAGGCAGCACCGGCCUCUAAUGGACAAUCUCCUUCUGCUGCCGCUGCUACCGCCGCGAAUACUUCUGCCUGCGCUACUGCAGCGCCUGUCCCGUCUUCCAGCUCUUCAAACGUCGAUCUCCUCGGGGACCUGCUCUUUUCAAGUCCUGCUGAGUCAAGCCCCAUAAAACACCAGGCUCAAACUUCGUCUGACCACGUUUUUGACCGACAUUGUGGACUUGUAGUUGUACUCUCCCCUCUUAUGCCAAACGAUCUCGGCGACACGGCUUCACAACCGUGUCCACCUCUUCCGAAGUCCGGUCUCAUUUCCGCCCUAAACUCACGUGGUUCUGCCUCUUCUAUUGACACAGCGGAAAUCGCACCUACCAAUAGAAAACCAAGUACGCCCGAGAAGUCUUCGCCGUCCAAACUGUUUGGAGAGUUGGACAGCGUUGGCCGACAGAUGUUGGGCUUGACAGCAACACGUUCAGGCUCCUCUCUAAACCAACUGGCACAGGCUGCCUGUGAAAACAAGAUCACGCCAAACUCGAAUGCUUCGAGUCAGAUCCUUCUUACUGCAGAUAAGUCUGUGUCUCCUCCUCCUCCCACUUCUGCGACGUCUUCAACUACCAACGUCUCAGAGUUGACAAGUCGGGUUCCCCUGGCUUCCCUUCCUGAACUGCCGCUCUCUGCAAUCCGACCCCAUCCGGUGCACACCAACCCGCUUCUUGUUUACGGCAAUGCUGACAGCGAGCAUCACGUGGAGCCCUGCAAACUUCGUCAACUUUCAGCUUCCGCCGACACCUUGCCAGCCUUUUGUUCCUUCCUUCCUCCCAGUCCGAUCAAACAGGUCAUACUCGUACAACACCCAGUGAAUCAGACUGAAACGCCUCUCAAGUUCCAAUUAUCUUUUACUGUGGACGAUGAGGAUGUCCUGGAGUCAGGUCGGAUCAACAGCGUUCACUUGGAUUAA